CUCCCUCCUUCAGCACCCUCAACCCACGGAGAUUGGACAGCCCGGUGCCACAUGGCAGAGAGGAACCAGGAUAAAAGAUGAGCUGGACUUGGGGACUGUAACGUCCGCAGCAGAACAGCCGGGAGAAGUCUGCAGAGAGGUGGCACCAAACUUUGCUGGCAGCGCCGAGCCCGUGCAGGGGAGGACGGACAGACGCCGGGGCUGCGGCCACCCAGGGACACACGUGGGGUGAGCACCAGCUGCGGAGCAUCCUGUCCCCUCUGUGCCCAGCCAUGUCCCUGGUGGUGAAGGAGAAGAACCACGUGCGGUUGGUCUUCUUGGGCGCCGCCGGCGUGGGCAAGACAGCCCUCAUCCGCCGCUUCCUGAUGGACACCUUCGAGCCCAAGCACCGGCGCACGGUGGAGGAGCUGCACAGCAAGGAGUACGAGGUGAGCGGGGCCACGGUCAAGGUGGAAAUCCUGGACACCAGCGGCAGCUACUCCUUCCCGGCCAUGAGGAAGCUCUCGAUCCAGAACAGCGAUGCUUUCGCCCUGGUCUAUGCUGUAGACAACGCCGAGUCCUUCGAGAGCGUGAAGAGCCUGCGGGAGGAGAUCCUGGAGGUGAAGGAAGACAAGUUCCCUCCCAUCGUGGUGGUUGGCAACAAGGCGGAGAGCGGCAGCGAGCGGCAGGUGCCGGCGGAGGACGCCCUGUCGCUGGUGGAGCUGGACUGGAACAGCCGUUUCGUGGAGACGUCGGCCAAGGACAACGAGAACGUCCUGGAGGUCUUCAGGGAGCUGCUGCAGCAAGCCAACCUGCCCAGCCGGCUCAGCCCGGCGCUCUGCAAGAGGAGGGAGACGUUGCCCAAGGAGCAGGCGCUGAGGCCUCCCAUGAACAAGACCAACAGCUGCUCGGUGUGCUGAGCCGGCCGCCCGGGGCCGGGAGGAAGGUGCCGGCAGCAGCGGCACCGGCUGGAAACUCAGGUGGGCUGGGUGGGGAGAGGUGCUGCCUCGGCCAAAACCAACCCCGCUGCCUCCCACCCCUUCCCUCCCCUUCCCCACCCAGCCUGCCGGGAGCGGUGAGAGUUGGGAGAUGACGAGGAGGAGGGACUUGGAAGGGAUGCUGGAUGCUGGAAGGGUGCGAGGAGAGGGCAAGUUCCUAAAAAGGCAGGAGGUGUACCUGGGAAACCGCCGCCGGUCAGCUGGCACGGUGCGUCUGUGCCAUCGUGAGCUGGCAGGCAGGCAGGCAGGCAGCUCCUCGCGUGCUAGGCAAGGGGGACAAACAACGGGUGUCUGGCCGCAUGCAUCAGAAGGCAGAUGUGGGCACCUGUGCAGCCGCAUCGCGCUCGCUGGUGCCGCUCUCCCAGGUCUCGUUCGGGUCCUGUAUCACCUCACCCCAAGCACGUGCACGUACACCCUCCUGGCGCGGCUGCGGUUACAGCGACAGACCCAGCGUCCAAAGCAGUUUUGAUUUUGUACCUUGGCGUAGAGCAUGCGAUAGGGA